GUGACCCCACAGCCAGAGUCCUGUUGCUGUUGAAAAAGAGGUCUGGGUCUCACUCGAACCCACAUUUUUUUUCCUGCAGGAUAAUUACUACACUUUGACGACACUUUUCCAAGACAGCCGAGUUGAUCUAGUGCAUAACCCAGGCAGCCCCUGCUGUUUAGAGCCUGUGCGGAACAUGGAUCCAUUGACAUAACUUCUGAAGACGUACAGCUCUGGUUUCAGUCACAGUUCAGACGGCGCUCCACCUCCUGCCAUCUUCAACAACAACAACAGAUCCUCUUUUAACCUACAGGGACUCCACAACUGAGCAGAGGGAACCAAAACAACGGCCCAACACAGAAGCACAAGCCAGGAACCUUUCAUGUGGACAACAUGGAGUUUCAGCGAUUUGGGUUUGAGGAGGAUGAUGAUGAAGACGACGCAGCCACUCAGUACAUGAUUGAACAGAGUCUGCUGGAGAGCAACAAACAGAAGGAAACUCACAGAGACUCCACAACACGAGACGGCAGGAGCUCUGGGCUCAACAAAGCAGACAACAACACAAUCUUUACUGCUAUAAGACAAGGUAAUGAGAAGCUUUUGAAGGAUCUGUGUGUCAAACACAGAGAGAAGUUUUUACAGCCGGACAGCAGAGGUUGGAUUCCUCUCCAUGAAGCAGCAGUUCAGAUCAAUCACACCAUCCUGGAUCUCACAUUCAAAGCUUCAGGCCCAGACUCUGUGGAGCGUCGAACUCUCCGCGGUCAGACUCCUCUCUUCCUGGCAGUAGAACAAGGUCUGAUAGAUAACGUCACUUUCCUCCUCAAGCAUGGAUCCCACCCAGACAGCGAGGACCAGGACCAGGACUCACCACUGCUUGUAGCGAUCCGUUCAGGCCACACUGAGCUGGUGAAGCUGCUGCUCCUGCGGGGCUCCAGGGUGAACCAGGAGGGCUGCCACGGACGCCGACCCCUCCAUGAGGCCGCACGGUUGGGUGAAGCAGCACUGGUGAACCUGCUGCUGGAUGCUGGAGCUCGGGCAGACCCUCGCAGCCACUACGGUCUCACGCCGCUGGCACUGGCGGCUCAGGGUGGAUACCUGGAGGUGGUGCAGACUCUACUGAAGAGGGGCGCAGACGUCCUGUCCCAGGCGCAGGAUGAGGCGUCCAUCCUGUACGAGGCGUCUUCAGCUGGAGAUCCAGCUGUCAUCAGUCUGCUGCUGGAGUACGGCGCCGACGCCAACGUUGCCAAACGUACAGGACACAUGCCAAUCCACCGUGUCGCCCACAGAGGACACCUGCAAGCUUUACAGCUGCUGAUUCCAGUAACUUCAGUGCAAGAUGUAAACGACAGUGGGAUGAGUCCUCUACACUCUGCUGCUGCAGGAGGACACACACACUGCAUCAAGGCCUUGCUGGAUGCAGGUUAUGACCCCAACUACAUGCUCCACCCCUGGGUUCGCCGAAGCUACGACGACGAGAGGAGGUCGGCUCUCUUCUUUGCUGUCUCCAAUAACGACAUGGCAUCGGCCAAGCUGCUGCUGGAGUCCGGAGCCAUGGCCAACCAAGACCCAGUCAAAUGUCUGCAGGUUGCACUGCGUUUGGGCAACUAUGAGUUGAUCAACCUGUUGCUGAGGUUUGGAGCCAAUGUCAACUAUUACUGCAGAGUAAACACGACACACUUCCCCUCAGCUCUGCAGUACGCGCUGAAAGACGAGGUGGUCCUCAGGAUGCUGUGUAACUAUGGUUACGACGUGGCGCGCUGCUUCGACUGUCCCUACGGCAACCGCGUCCACAUCCCCGAAGACUACGAGGGAUGGAGCAACAGUGUGAUCAAAGACACGAUGUUCUGCGAGGUGAUCACCGUCUCCUGGCUGAAGCACCUGUCCGGUCACGUGGUUCGCGUCCUGCUGGACUACGUGGAUCACGUGACCUUGUGCUCCAAGCUGAAGGCGGCCGUGAUGGAGCAGCAGCAGUGGACCGAGAUCUGCAGGCUGCAAGAAAACGCCCGCUGUCUUCAGCAUCUCUGCCGGCUGCGGAUCCGUCGCUGUCUCGGGCGCCUUCGUCUCCGGUCGCCCACCUUCAUGAGUUUCCUGCCGAUGCCGGGGCGACUGAAGGACUACAUCCUGUACCGGGAGUACGACCUGUACGGCCGGCGGAGCUGCACGCCGGGAUGACGGAGGAGAAAAUCCACAGAAAGCAGUUUAACACGAACAUUUGAAAACUUGUAUAAAAAUAUAUCUGCAGAUUCUCAAAAACACUUUUUGUUGUUGUACUUUUCUGUCAAAAAUGCUGAAAAAGAGCAGUUAUUCUG